CCGGUUUUCAUUUUCUACUUUCAAUUUGGUUGACGGGGACUUUCGCUACCACAUGGUCACUAACAGACACGUAUCGAAAUGCUGUUUACUUGUUUUGCUUCAUAUAUCUGUCGUUUGCACAGAUCAUGAAAGUUGUGAUACUGAUAGUUGCAUGUUAAAAGAGAAGGGUAUGGCAUCCCAAGCAGUGGUACUGUAUGACGAAAGUCUGGUAUCUCCAUUCCACAAGCCCAGCAGAAUGUUUGUGUUUGUCGGCAAGGAAUUGGUUAUCAAACAAGACUGGAAAGGUUUGGGGAUAGCAGCUGUCGUUUGGGAUGCUGCGGUUGUAUUGUGCGAGUACCUGGAAAAGAAUAAAGACUUGAUUAAUGGUAAAACAGCCAUAGAACUUGGAGCUGGAUCUGGGAUUGUUGGAAUAGUAGCAGCACUACUUGGUGGGAAAGUGACUAUUACCGACCUAGAUACAGCUCUGAAGUACAUCAAUGAAGUUGUGGAUGAAAACCUUAAGGACAAUCCUGGUGUAGAUGUUGAUGUUAAAGGCCUUGAUUGGACAAAAGAUUGGACAAAAUUUACUGCAGACUAUGAUGUUGUACUUGGGGCUGACAUCAUCUACAUUGAGGAACUUUUUGAUGAUUUGUUGAAAACAUUUUUACAAAUUUGUAAUGAAAAUACUGUGGUGCUGUUGUCGUGGCGAUAUCGGUAUAACAGAGACAGCCGGUACCUGGAACUGAUGAGGCAACAUUUUACUUUAAAAGAGAUAUUUUAUGACUCAUCUCGAGAUGUAAAGAUAUUCCAUGGAAAACUCCUACAGAAAAAUAAAGACAAGGCCAGAUGAUGAAA